AUGGCGGCCGCCGUCAGGCCCUCUCGUCUCCCUUCUCGUCCUCCUUCUUUUCUUCCAUCAUCACCAUCGCCAUCGACGAGCAGAAGACAACAGAGCAACAUGAGCCUCUCCCAGACCUACUUUCUCGCCCAGGUGGCCCGCCACAAGCUGAUGAACGCUGCUCGGCGGCCGGAUAGAGACCUCCGGGUCCUCACCGCACAUGCAAACAUGUUAGACGGCCUUAUGGCAGACCUUGCUGAGGCAGAGAACGAACAGGAAGACUGGUUCAAUCAGGCCGUCAGCUAUGCCAAUGCCGGAAACACUGUAACGGCCUUCAACGAUAACGGCGACGGCGACAUCCGUGACAAACGCCAGAAUCCUACAUCCGAUUUCGAUUUUGACAGCGAUGAUGAUGAUGAUGAUGACCUUUAUGACGAAUUUGAUGAUGACGAUGAUGACGAUUUCGAUGAAUGCGGGUCAGACUGCAGCUGCAGCUCUGGAUCCGACAGCGGAGAAGACAUUGUUUUCAUGCUAGAUAGCCACAGCCGUGCUGUCCAGAGAAAACGUUCAAUUUCAACUCUCUACAACGAACUAAAUUCCACCCUCUCCGAUGCAGAGCCCGACGAAGAAACAGACUACGCCCACUACACCAGAGACAGCAUCCAGCAGCCUCCUGAACUUCUCCAUGAUCCAGACGAAGAAGAAUCAGAUGAUGACAGCCAGCCUGUAUCUCCGAGACGAAAUAGCUUCGACUUCUUCGCUACAUCCUCUCACACUAUUGGAGAAACCCUGACGAGCUCAGAGGUAGGAAAGGAGACAGAGGUCGUUCAGACUGAUGACGACGACGAAGAUGUACCGCUCCUUGGAUACUGUUUUUCUCGCUCUUCGGUGUUGCAUGGUUAG